AUGGCGAUAGAGCGUCUUGGGGUAGGCGAGACGUUAGGGGCCCUUAAUGCUGCCCUGGGACCCGGCGGCCCAGUGUGGUUCAAGGAGACACGAGCCCGCCAUCUGCGCGCCCGCGACUUCCUGGCGCCACGGCGCGCUCUGCAGGCGCGCUUUGGAGACGAGCAGGUACCCGAAUCCGUGGUCACUGCUGUCGCCGGCCUGCACGGCCCCGGUGUUGCCCCAGUGCAGCGCUGCGCGCCCACUCCCGCCGGCCUGGCACUCCAGCUGCAGCGGCCCGCUGUCUUUGAGCGCGUUCUCGGCUCAGUGGCCGCCUACGCCGCCCCUACCACACCCGCUUCGCCAGGUCCUCACGUCGUCCUGCACUGUGCGGCGCUGCGAGGCGCCCCCGGCACCCUCCGCCUGAGCCAGCUGCGUGCGGUUCUCGUGGCCGAUCAUCUGGCGCGAGCUCUGCACGCUCGCGGGAUGAGUGUGCGCCUGGUGCCCGCCACGCAGGACCUGCACAUGCGUGUCUUCCUGCAGCAACUGCGAGUGGAAUGGCCCGCUGCCACGGAGAGAGCCGCGACGGAAACCCUGAGGAGCCGCGCUUUUGCUGGGCUUUUUACUGCCCAAGAUGGGGAGAUCCUGCCCCCCGGCGUCCUGGGCAAAGUGUACCUGAAAGAACUGGUAGAAGAGCAGGGGCGCUCAGCUGGCUAUGACCCCAACCUAGACAACUGUCUGGUGACAGAGGAGCUUCUCUCUUCCCUGGCUGAGCUGCAGAAUGCUGUGCAGAACUGGCCUGAGGACAGCUCCCCAGGCCUGGCUGGGACCCCAGGUUCUGGUGCAGAUAGCUGCAUUGUUGUCCAUGUGGUAAGCUGCGAGGAGGAGUUCCAACAACAAAAGUUAGACUUGGUUUGGUGUAAGCUGGAUGCCCAGGCUCCUAUCAGACAGAAGCAUCUGGUCUGUGGCCCAGUGAAAGUAGCUGGUGGACCUGGUACCCUGACUGCCCCCCAGUACUAUGAACUCCGGCUUGCCCAGGUACGCAAGGCCUCAGCACUCAAGCAUGGUGGGGACCUGGCACAAGACCCAGCCUGGACAGAGAUCUUUGGGAUUCUCUCAGUGGCUACCAUCAAAUUUGAGAUGCUCAGCACAGCCCCCCAGACUCAGCUCCUCUUAACCCUGGCUGACAGAAGCGUUUCCACAAAGGGCACCAAGAGUGGCACCUUUGUCAUGUAUAAUUGUGCACGCCUUGCCACACUCUUUGAGAGUUACAAGGACAGCAUGAAACAAGGCCUGUACCCCCCGUUUCCUCCCGUGAGCAGCCUGGACUUCUCACUGCUGCAUGAUGAGGGUGAGUGGCUGCUGCUCUUCAACAGCGUCCUCCCCUUCCCGGAUCUGCUGAACCAGACAGCAGCCCUGGCCUAUACAUCUCCAGGGCUCCACAUCACUGUCCGCACAGAAUUGGUGUGCAAGUUCCUGGUGCAGCUCAGCAUGGACUUCAGCUCAUACUAUAACCGUGUACACGUUCUGGGGGAGCCUCGACCACACCUCUUUGGUCAGAUGUUUGCUCGCCUACAACUUCUGCAGGCCGUGCGUGAAGUGCUACAUGCUGGCUUGGCCAUGCUGGGCCUCCCUCCACUGAACCACCUCUAA